CUCUCUCUGUAAAUCUCUCCAAUAAAUCCUUUCGAAAUUCCUAAAUAUUAAACCCCCUUUUUCCUCUGAAUCCAUAUAAUUAUUGCUGCAAUGGCGACUCUUACUCCUGGAAUUCUACUAAAGCUACUUCAAUCUAUGAACACCGGUACACGUGUCACCGGCGACCACCGUACGCCACUCCUUCAAGUUAUCGGAAUCGUACCGGCGCUUUCCACUUCCGAUUCACUCUGGCCUCACCACGGCUUCUACGUACAACUCUCCGAUUCCCUCAACUCCACUUAUGUCUCCCUCUCCGACCGCGACACCGAUCUCAUUCUCACUAACCGGCUUCAGCUCGGUCAAUUCGCUCAUGUUGACCGGUUUACCUUUGAUUCCCCUCCUGUUCCACGCGCUGUGAACCUCCGCCCUAUCGCUGGCCGCCAUGGCUUCAUCGGGUCGCCUGAACCUUUAAUUGCUAAAAUUUCAAAUGGAGGGUUUCUCAUCCAGCCCGUUUCGGAUUCGGAUCCUAUUUCUGUUUAUUUGUCAAAAAAUGGAAGAACAGAGCCGGGUUCGGGUCCAAAAGAUGGAAAGGAAAAAGUUAGGGUUAGAGAAGUACUUGCACCAAAAGAAAAUGUCGAAAUUAAGGACGAUUUGAAGAAAAAAUCUUCUGAAAAUGUUCAUCAACCGAGGAGAUUUUCGUCUCCAGCAUCGGUAAAGCAAAGGUCAGUAUCAGCAGGGAAGAAGAAUAUGGGAAGUGGAGAAAGGGAUCCAUCACCGGCCGUUAAAGUGAAGAGAUCAGCAUCACCAGUGCCAUCAAAAUGUGUUGUACCAAGUUUGGCGGCUGCGAAAGAAGAGAAUAGGAGCACAGCAAAAGAAGCAGCUAUUAUAGUGCCGUCAAGGUACAGGCAGCCAUCGCCUACAGCUACGAGAAGGCAAGGGAGUCCGUUGGUGGCGAGAAGGAUGUCGUUGUCGCCUGGACGACGGUUGUCUGGUGGUGUUAAGGUUUCACCUGCUGUUGAUUCGUCCGGGAAGAAGAAACUGGCUGCUAUUGCUGCUGGAAUUUCUAAAGUUUCUGAGGCGAUUGUGGGGUCCGGUAAAUCGAGUAGGAAGAAUUGGGAUGAAGGGACGGCUAGCAGUGGUGACUCUUUUGAACAAACAGAGAAGGUUUUCUCAAAGAAAAAACCGGAUAUUCAGGCAAUUCUGAGAACUCAGGCUGCUAUUUCAAGGCGUCUGAGUGAUGUAAGCAGUCAUGCUGAUGAAUUUGGAAAUGAAGGGAAAGUAAAAUCUGGUGUUGCUGAAAAUUCCCCUGACACUGAAAAGCCUAACAAUGUAGCUCCAGUCAUUCCAGUUCAUGAGAAGAAGUGGAUUGAUGGCAGUGUAUCGCUAAAUUCUGUGUCCUCUGAACUCGCAAAGCUUGGAAAGGAGGCUAUGCAAAGGAGAAUAAUUGCUUCAACAGCUGCAGCUGAAGCCUUGGAAGAGGCCCUUGCCACUGAGACUAUUGUGAGAAAUUUGAGUAUGUUUUCAGAUCUACGCUCAACAUCCAACCCCAAAAACCCUCUGCCAACUAUUGAUCGUUUCAUGUCGAUUUACGAAGAUGUAGUGAAAUCAACAAAUGUCGUUGACUCAAUCACCAGCAAUCGUGGGGUGCAAAAAUGUAAUGAGAAUAUGAUAAUGGAGCAACCAAAAUCAUCACUUCUUUGGGUGGAGGCUGCUCUAGCAACUGAUCUUGAAAUUGUGUCUCUUUUAACAAAUCAGAACAGUGGAACUCAAUCUGCAUCAUUGAAAAGCUCUCCAAUAUAUCAAUCAGCAAAAACAUCAAAUAAGAAUCCUUCGAUUGUUUCAGCAGUAACUGGAACUUGGACAAGAGGUAAUGGGAUGAAUGACACAGUAGAACUUGCAAAGAAGUUGCAAUCUGAGAUGCAAAUGUGGUUCAUCACUUUUGUUGAAGAGUCAUUAGAUGCAGGUUUUCGUGUGUUCAAGAAUUGCUCCAUGGCUUCUGAUGGAGGUUCAAACUGUGGUUCAAUUACAGCUAUUUUGUCACAACUCAAGCGAGUCAAUGCAUGGUUGGAUCGCGUAGUCUCAAAAAAGGAUGAGCAAUUGAUACAGAAGAUAGAGUGCUUGAAAAGAAAAAUUUAUGGAUUUGUCAUUCAGCAUGUAGGAACAACUGCUGAAAAUUCAACUCCUACAACAUCCUAAAAUUUAUGUUCUAUCUUUUAGUUUUUACUUUCUUUCUUCGGUGUAAAAAUAAUGACUACUAGUUCAUCAGUUUUAGAAGUGAAGAAUUUCUCCAUUCUUCAAUGUAUUGGAUUUGUUUUAGCAUCUCUGUUUAAUGUACCAACGUGCCCUUGGUAUUCUUUUGUUGAUAAUGGUUACAUUGUGUGAUCAAAUAUUCA